AUGCUCAGCACGGACAGCCCAUAUGUGCUGUGGGAGGGCAAGAUCUUUGCCUUCCGUUGGUCAAAAUCGAGCGACCAAGACGCAGAUGGGGAGCCCCUGGAUGACCUCGAAUGUUUGCGUUUGUCCGGCCUUUCUGGCUCGAUGAUUGUACCGAGCUCUCUGCCCCUUGCAGGAUCGCACAGUGGUCGGCCGUCCGACACCGAUAGCAUCAUCGCAUAUGGGCACAUAACGGUGAGGGGCGGGCGAGAAGGAGGAUGCUGGAGAAGUGAAUGGAGCCGGUAUGAUCCUCUUUCCCAUUUCCUUCAGGUGCCGUUGUCGUCUGCCUGUUCCUCCGAUGAGUCGGAAGCGAACAUUGUGAGUGGGCACAGCGGCUUAAUUUGACAUAUCCACUCGGAUGUAGGGUCCUGCCUGCUGUGGGGUUCAGAGUGUGAGUGUCCACGUACAGGUGGUUGUGGCGCCUCCGCGAGGGAUAUCGUGGCCGCCCAGGACGCUCGUAGGAGGUAUUCGCACACACAGAGGGUUGGAGGAGCCAGGUCGUCUUAUUUCUGUUCGUGCUUCUCUCCCCCACGCAGACAUUGUCGGCGCGUUGGACUAUCGCAGCCUGAAACAGAUGCUGGUCGAGAAGUCCAGUCGACACCAUGUGCUGCAGGUGAGCAGAAUGAGCAGACAGGGAGAGAGAGAGAGAGAGAGAGAGAGAGAGAGAAGUCAGACGAUGACGGGGCCCUUGCAACGUGCCGUUCUUGCUGUGCUGUUCCGUCAGGACAAGGGUGGCGUCGUGUGUGGUGAUGGGACCAAGAGCCCGGCGUCGCGUGAGGUGCGCGCAGGGCCGUCUGACCAGCUGACGAUGGAGCUGAAGGGCACCAGUGACACUGCUGGACCGGCGAGCACCCAUGAUGCUCCCCUGGCCCCUUUAGUGGUACGAGAGGCCCAGGGCUGUCAAGAAAGCACCAUGCCUGCAUUGCAUGUCACCCUUGUCUGUGGCCGUGUUCUUUGCAGGUGUGCGAGACCCUUUUCCUCGACAUAGCGGCAGGGAUGGAGGACAAGCGGAUGCAGAUCAGCCAAGGAGCAGCUCCAACCCAUCUGAGUCGCCCCAUCACGAUGACCGUGGUAGGGUACGACCGCGAGCCGCCCGCCGUGGACUUCAUUACUGCCAUAAGAUACAUUGUGCCGCCGAGGGCCACGGUCAAAGCUGGUGAGAGAGAGGAACGAAUGGAGGAUUGCACUCGGGGCAUCUGUAGGUUUGGAUGUGUAUGUUGUCUGGCAGGUGCAUGUGACCAGUGGGGUACGGGCAAGCUGGGCUUCCUCAUGUAUCCCUUGCACCAGAUCGACGGCGACGCGUCCCUCCACACGGCAAUUGACGGGAAGCUGCCGAAGGAUCAUUUGCUGAUCAACGUCAACCUGAGCCCUCCUCGCCCACGUGUCACCGGCGCUCAUGGCCAUUUUCCCGCCAGUCGCCCUCAGGUGAGAAGCGUGUGACGCCACACACAGCUGUGAAUGAGUGUUUAUUGUCUUUCUGCAGUCACACAGCAAGCCCGAUCUCACCCUGUGCGGCAAGAGUGUGCCGACAGGUAUCCCAUCUGACAAGGGCCAGGGCCCCAGUGCAGGCGGUGGACCAUCGGCGAAACACAGACAUGGCCACACACCCAUCCCACAGACGUAAGCCGGCAACACCACCACUGACGCCAUGUUGACCAAAGGACAUGGCAAUCCUUUCUCUUCUCUCUUCAGUGCAGUACUCGUUCAGACCGCUUCCCACGGUGGAUGUCCGCUCAUGCAGAUGUCUCGCAAGACAGCUCCUGCCCUACAGGCUCAGCAGACAAACGACCCACAGCCGGGUGAGUUGGCAGGGCAGACGAGAGGAUGAAUGACUGACACAUGCGCUGUACGUUGUGACGAUGCAGGUGCGUCAGAGGAGCUCAUGCGGCUGGUUGUGACCAGCACAGCGGCAGGCUUCGGACAGCACUGGCUUGUGACGCGUCGAGACGUCACGGCCGAUGAGCUGAAGGCGUCGCUGUGUCAAAAGAUCGGCCUCGCUGCCAGCCAAAUCAGUGUCGUCGUCAAGCCGGCCAAUAUGGUGCUGGAGGGCUGCAAAGGCCUGCGGUCGUGCGGCAUUGCUCAUGAUAGCCAACUCGUCAUCGGUAGUCUAAGAGAGACAGCAAGACAGUGGUCCUUCUUAACGCGUUGUGCCUCCAUGUUGUGUAUAUCAAUCUCCCGGAAGUGCCCACGUUGAGAGCGGCUGCCAGGGACGACAACCGGCAGGUGAGCAAUGGCUGCAUGCAAUGGACAGGCGAGAAAACUCCUGUGUGUGAAUGCGUUUUGGCCAACGCAGGCCCCGAACCAGAGCGUCUCGGCCUCAGCGGCCCCUGGUCCAGCGUCUAGUGUCGAUUCCCAAGUCCGAGGCCAGGGCGUGGCAGAGGGCGCCGAGCAAUCGCGUCAACACGAGCUGCACGUGAAUCAGAUCGAUAGUGCGCCACGUGAGGAAGGCAGAGGCGGCCGUCCCGACGCAUUUCCAGUGUCGAUGUGUGUGUGUGUGCAUUCCAGCCUCUGAUCGCAUGCUGGUGUUUCUUGCCGAGGAGCUCACGGCGGGCGACUCGUUGCCGGACGGGCGCAGGCGUUGGGCUGAUGUCCAUGGCGGCAAGCGACUCGCUGUCCCCCCGAGACACCAAACAUGUGUCAUCUGUGGAUGUAACGACCAGACUUGCCACAAGCAGAUGGAUAUCAGCUUGCCACAACCAGAUGGAUAUUUCCUGUGUGUGUGUGUGUGUGUGUGCGUGCGGCUACCAGGGGCGUUGAACGCCUUCGAGGCGAACCCGGGUCUCAGAUACGAGGAUGCCACGUCCGAAUACCUCGUGAGCUGACAAGGGAAAGGAAGGCAGCUCCUUGAGUGAUCUGUGGCUGGUUGUGUGCAGGUCAUCUCAAACUGUAACACACCGGCGCACACAAGACAAUGAUGGAUGGAUGGAUGGAUUCCAUUAAUCAGGUCCGUGCUCGGUCGUCCUGCAUUUGAGCUGCCUGCGGCGACUCGUCGAAAACAAGCGGCUCGAGGAGGUUCAGGCAGAGAACCGUCUGGGGCAGGUCAGAGAGCAGCCAGUCGCACCUACACAUGCGCUCGCAAUUCUCGACUGUGUGUGUGUGUGUGUGUGUGUGUGUGCCCUUUGCUUGCCAGGAAGUGAACCGUGCCAAGGCUUCAGAUGCCGAACAGAACAACACGACCAUCGAUGAGAUUCUCAAGGAGGUGAGUCUAUGUCGGUGAGGGCACGGAAGAACACAAUCAUUGCAGGGCGUCUUCCGUGUCACACACAGGAUUCGCGGUACUCGGCUGUGCCCAUCCCCUCCCAAAGCUGCGCUGCCAAGAUGCAAUGUCUAUUCAAUUGCCCAGGGUGAAUUGUUCCAGCAAUGGAUCCAUCAACUUGUCUGUCUUGUUGUUCUUGUUGUUGUUGUUAUUGUCGUCGUCUGUUUGUUUCCGCAGGGAGCAGUCGGUGGUCCAGCUCUGUCAGUCGGUCGGUCGCCGAAACACACAAGCACUGCACACACAGACAGGCAGCCACACACCUACAUCGAGUGAGUGCAUUGCUGUCCCCCCGCAGCUCUACACCCCGACCAACAAAAACCUUCUCGCCCUGGAGUGCCGUGAGCUGAAGCUGUCCGACCUCAUCCCCGACACACUUCACCAUCUGGCCAAGACGUGUGAGGAAAUACGCCACGACCUGCGGGCGAGACAAGAGACAGUGCAGCUGAAUGAGGAAGCCCUGGCGAUGGCAGAGCGAGGUACGCCACACACACACAGAGAAAAGGGACUGCAUUUGUCUCUGUGUUUUGCAUGCAGCCGACGCUCUGAGGGUUUUCGAUAUUGGUACGGUUCAAUCCACCGUGACAGAGAGAGGGACGCUGCUUUGUCUGCAGGCGACUGGAAUGCCGAGACGAUGGUCUAUUCAAGUGUCCCGGCAGGGCUACCCGGCAGACAGGUACGGGCUCACGGCAUUGUCGUACACUCACUCACUCACCAUCUGUUUCUGCCAACCUGUUUCGUUGUCGGUCCUUGCAGAUCGUAGACCGAAAGGUUCUCAUUUUCCCCAGCACAUACGCCAGCAUCGAGUCGAUCGAGUGCUGUCACCCAGGUACAAGGCCAGAAAGAACACACACAAAUGUGUAUCAGUACGUGUCUCACUGUACGGUACACUGAUGGUCAUCAAUCGAUGCAUUGGUGGUGUGGCCAGGUUGUUCCAACCCCGCAGUUGUCUUCUGCUGCGGCGAAGUGCACGCGAAGCCACCACACAUGCCUGUCGAGGUACGGCACAUCCAGGCAAUGCGCUCACAAUCGAUGGGGAUGCGCAUUUUUGAUAGGAGUACGACGCCAUCGCCGCCAAGCCCACCUACAAAACUGGUGAAACACAAGGAAAACAGGUGCAGGCAGGCGGCCAGAAAUCGUUGUGGUCUCAGGUCAUUGUGUGGAGCACUCUGGUCUGGCUGAUGUGCCCGGCAACAACAGUGUCCUACGCUUCUGGCUGCUUCCAGAGACCAACCGCGCUACCAUGGUCAGCGCGAGGAAUGACAGAUACUUGAUGGAGAGCCUUUCUCUUUCCGAUUCAGUGGUAUUGUCCUUCUUGUCGCGCCGACGCUGAGUCGUUCCCCCAUGACGACUGCUGCACAGACUGUGGCGUCAAUCGCGGUAACAUGAUAAUGACCUACACAUCCCGUCUCUUGUCUUGACUGGCUCUUGGGCAGAUGAGGAGAGCGUCUAUCUUGCAUGCGACACCACGGGUAUCCUAAGAUACACAUAUAGAAGCAAGAGACACAAGAUGUGGGCUGCGAAUGUGUCAUCUGUGUGUCUGAGAACCAGGCUGCAGCGGCACAAUUAUGUGCAGGUCAGCCACCAACCCACACACACACUCUGGUUCCCACACCACCCCUCUCUCACUCUCUCUCUCUCUCUCUCUGUGUGUGUGUGUGUGUGUGUGUCUCGCUCGCUAGUCACGAAGGGGUUGGAAGGAGGAAGUGCGACCAAGUGAGAGAGAGCCCUGUGGCUGACACAAGGCUGCUGCGCUUCUGUGUCUCACGCCUGAUCAGUGCGUCCGCCAAGAUCCUCAGCGCAGGAGGGGAGAUGAGGAUCCCCUGUGGAAGUAGGGAGGGGUAUGGGAACGCACCCAGCAAUCUCUCUGCACCGUCUUGUGUGGCUCUCUGUUAAUGCAGGGACAGGAAAGAGAGAAUGACAGGACAAAUGCAUACAAGUGACGGGCUCUACAUAUUGAUCUGUGUCGCAUUUGUGCGUCAGGGACUGCAUUGUCUGUGGCGAGCCGCUGACGGGGCCUGACUUCGGUGAGACACUGAGCUGGUUCUUCCAUCGAUUAUGUGCAUGCCGCCCACCUUUGUGUGCAGUCCACUUCAAUACUCUCGCCCCAGGGUGCCAAUACAACCCAGAGGAGGGCAACAAUCGCUAUGAGGGUACCCAAGCAGACAGAGACACAGCACUGGAAUCACAUUCUGACUUUCUGUCUGUCGUCUUUGUUCAGUAAGUGGCUACUUUAAACCAGCGGAGGCUGCAUAUUAUCCCCCUUUCUCUUUCAGACGCUGUGGAUGUUCGCGCAUGCACCCACAGACGGCAGUCCGUCAUGGUAUGAUACACACACGGCAUGACACGUAGGGGAAUAGCUGUGUCACCUGUCGAUCUACUGUCCAUUCAGUUUGGAGAAGUGGUUGAGCCACCUGCGGUGAGGCUCGGCUCGGCGCUUCGCGCCUCACCUUCGCAAUGUUUGUUUUGUUUUUGUUGUGAGGCCUGGCGAAAAUCGAGGUCUUGGGCCAUUCUGCCGCUCAUGCAACAAGCACCACGCGGUGACCAACUUGCAAAAACGCAGCAAACACACACAGCCACACAGCAGUCCACCUCCUUUGGCUGUGUGGCUCGCCUUCGCAAUUGCCUCUUGCAGAUGUGUUUCUGGCAGUACCCACCCUGGGUAAGGUGAAGUCGCACAUACACACACACACACACAUACAUGACUGCCGCAUACACGCAUUUGCUGCGUCUGAUGUGUGUGCAGCCGCCACAGAAGACGGACUUUGCAAACGGUUCCAGCAUCAUCACGACAGAGGCUUGAUAGUCGCAGCCCCAUAUCUUCCCUGCUCGUCAAUGCAGACUCACUCGUGCAACCUGGACGCAAAGGCAACGACACGGGCGGAGUGGGGGGCGACUCCAGUGCCUUGGGGAGCAUCUCACACCACUGCGGCUCUGCGUGUGUGUGUGUGGGGUGUGUGUGUGCAGGCAAUGAGCUGCGCAAGCAACAACUCGCCGUGAGCGCAUACCAGCCCAUACAGCUUUUUGAGCACCGCCUUUUGUCUUCAGGCCCUCGAGCUGGCAGGGACGUCAUUGUGGCCGGUCAGCAAGAGAAAGAACACACACUCCUCAACAUGCAAUGCCCCCACCCCUGUCUAUUCCUUGCCUAUGUGUGCAGCUGACUUCAGGUGGGGCUGGCGACGGAUAGCACUCAACCAUUUGUUUGUCUCAUCCAUCCUGUCAAUGAACAGAGAGCGAGUGGCCGGCUUACGUCGCGGAUCAGAGGCAGCGCGAGAGGGAGGACAAGAAGGCCGACAAGCGCCGCAAGGCAGGGCAGAAAAGACAGAAAGAGCGCAGUGCCGACGCAACGGACAACGGCUGUGAGGUCAACUCUGAGGCGGACGGUAACAAGGCCUUUGCAGUCUGUCUCCAGGUGCGCUUUGACAUGUGUCUUCUCUGGACUGUUUGCUUUUCUGGACAGGUAGAAGGAGGAAGGGUAAGCAAAGUGGCGCACGCAGGUGGUGCGAUUGAUUGCUCUUUUCGUGGCAGCAGCACCAAGCGACGAUGACAUGGAGUUGGAUGCGGCAGACGAAGACGACGACAAUGGCAGCGAAGCUGAAAGCCAGGUGUGCCUAUCAUUUCUCUAGGCACUGAUAUGUUUGAGUCGAUGUGUGGUUUUACCCUUCGCUCGGGUCAGGACGAGAGCCGUGCGUCGCGUGGUAGUCGCGUAAAUGACGGCGACAAGACCUGCAGCCACCCUCUCCGUCUUGCGCUGUGUACAGGCAAACACAAGACGCACGAGGCCGCCAAGAAGGAGAAGAGGAAAAAACGUAAGACGACUCAUCAUCCCUACUAAUCUCUUCUGGGCGUUCUGCGGUCGUGUCGCUCCCCGUCAGGCAACGACGCCCAGACCAGGGACGCAGCAUCCGACUUCAGCCGUGCAAGAGCGAAUGACGAUGCCAUGGCAGACGAUCAUCGUGAAGGAGACGGCGAGCAAGAGCUAGAACAGGUGCGUCGCGUCGUGGCCAGGUAGACUCAUGUCUUUUGUACUUGGCUUGUGUGCAGCUCCACGAUGAUGACGGCGAAGGGCAGGGCAGUGGCGUGUCGGGUGCCGACAACGACGGCGGUGACCAGCCCAGUCGGCAGGCACGCUCUGGACCGCCAGAGGGGCACGUGUCGGGCCGUCCCGAGCUCGUCAAGAGAGCCACGCGCGUAUGUGCACCAUGUGUAUGGCCACUAUCGCUGCGUCUAUGUGAGUUGUCUGACUGAUGUCAGGUCAUGAGUUCCGGCUUCUCCUCGCUGAUGGUUGAGCCCGAGUAAGGAGCGCAGAGCCAACGAUGCUGUCAAGUGGAUGCAGUAGUACGCUACUCCGUUCUUGUCUGCAGGUCUCCGUUUUCUCACUUCCAACCUUUCUGGACUUCGGAGGACCUCUCUAAUGUCAUGUACUUCGGAGUGAAGAAGGUAAAAGUCAGCUGAAGCCACGAGAGAACAUGUCACCACGACGGCUCAUGGCACUUGCUCUCGUGACCGUCUCAGAUUCUUCUCGACGAUAUUCCCAACCGUCUGCAGAAUUUGAGCAGGGAAUUCUCAAAACGUAAGCAAGCAAGCAAACAAGGGAGGGAGGGAGGGAGGGAGGGAGGGCGGAUGAGAGUUGCAUGUCAAAACUGCCUUGUUUAGUGGUGGACGAGUUAGCCAUGUGUGAGAGGAUCAAAGAUCGGCAAGAGCGAGAGCGGACCAGGACGGGCGUAGACCGGUACGGUGGAUCCCUACAUGCCUCGCACGCACACGAGACAGACGACAUACUUGUUCGCACACAGGAAGCUGCAGGAGCUCGGCGAGCAACUGGCAAGAGCUAUAAAGCGACAAACGAAGUCUCAAGCUAAGGUAAGUGACGGGAGGGGCAAUUGUGUGCAUCUGGCAUUGCUGACGUCACUGUAUUUCUCAUUGGCUUGGGUCAGGAGGAGGGCCGCGUGCGGAUCGAUGAGUUGGUGGGAGAGGUCAGCCUGGACGAUUCAACCUUCACCACAGACUUCGAACUCCCCAAGAAAGAGUUGCGCCCGCAGGUACACGUGACACAUAUGUCUCAUCCAUCCAUCCGAUUUGGAUGGGGAGUCCAACACACACACAUACACAUGCACACACACGGAGACCACACAUACACAUGCACAUGCACGGAGACCACACACAGACACAGACAUCAAUCACGAACCCCCUUCUCUCCCUCUGGACAUCUCUCUGCGUGCCGUUCGUUCGUUGUGCGUGCGCGUUCGUUGUGCCUGCAGGUGCGCUGAGACACAUUGUAUUGGGAGGGGGGCAGGCUGUUUGUCGUUGUCAGGACUCGCUGAGAUCGGCUUGCGUCGAAGAGCUGGCCUUGUUGCUGGAUAGGUUCCAUCGUCAGCAGCUCCCGGACGACGAUCCAGCGGCUGUGUCGGAGAAGCGCGAGUAAGACUGCUUGGCAUGCGAAUGCACUCAUAAAUGUCCCAUUCAUGUAUGUAUGUAUGCAUGUAGGCUGUAUGGCGCACAGUUCGCAACCCCACGAAGAAACAAGGCUGCGUCUGAUCGUGACGAGCGAGAUAUGAGAUGGUACGUAUGUCAGACACACUCGUGCACCACACACACGUUCAUUCAUGCCGUGUGCGAACAGGUUGCUCGAGUUCAUCCUCAACGAGGACGAGCAGGCCCGCGCCAAGCAUGACGGCUGGCAGAGCGGCACACUGAGCUAUGUACGCAGACACAACACAACGAACACCAUCUGGACCGAUGCGUGACUUUUUGCACCAAACAGAUCAUCUGGUGGCUCUCGUCGGGCAGAUGCAUUGGUGGGCGCCUGUCGUUUUCGCAUACAAAGCACCUUGUGUGUGUGUCUGCAUUGUGCCUUGCCCGCCGCCGUGUGUGAAUGUGUACCGCAGCUGCGAUAUGUUUCCUGGAUCAAGCCUUGGCCCAGCUCAUUCAGGUGCGGUGAUAUUUGCCUUGGCCCCAUUCAAAGCACAGAUUGGCUGUCUCUCUCUCUGUGCUUGGUUGGUUGGUGGGUUGAUGGGUUUGUUGUUCAGGAGGGUGAGCCUGCGUCCGAGAGGGCGAACGAGUCGACCCCAAGUCUCGCCUGGAGGCUCAUAUCCAUCGUAAGCCAGCCAGCUGACAGCCGCACCCCUUCUCACUGUGUCUUGACGAUCACAUCUACCUUUCCCUUCCCACGCACAGGUGCUGGACUCGGCCACCGUAGACGAACGAAGUCAGCAGCUCCCAAGUUUGCACGAGACGGUACCAGAGACACGCGUGCACACUGUGGGGCUGACAGCUGUGUUUGUAUGUGGUGCUGUGGGGGCCCUCAGGAGCUGAGAGACAUCCGCAAGUUCCGGAAAGUCUUGUUGCGAUGCUACCAGGUGACAUGCUGGUGGAAAGAGACGGACGAAGGAAGCUGCGUCUUUUCAUGUGAUCCUCAGCAAACUGAGGCGCUGUGCUAUCGAUGUGGCAAAGACAUCGCCAGGUACCCGAAGCUACAUCACACACGAGACGCUUCGCAUCCGUGUGUGGAUCUCUCUGGGUGUGUCUGGUGCAUACGUGCAGCCACCCUGAGCAGAGCGGAGAAGGUGAGACUUGCCGACCGGUACAUGGCGGACUUGUCCUCUGUGUGUGCCUCCACAGGAGUUGGUAUCCCUAGGACCAAGAAAUGCCCAUUACCGAGUGAAUCCUUCUGUGACGGCAUCGACAAGGUACAUGAAUGACACGCGCCUCACACGCAAAUCCGCUUGGCACGUAUGUAUCGGAAACCAGGCGAGACUGCGGCAUCUGGUGUACAAGCGGAUCCAGGACUACAGAGAGCUGAAGGUGCCUUGGUUGUGAUUUCACCUGCUGUUUACCUUUCGGUCUCUGACGUGUCUCUCUUUUGUCAUUUUGCGUCUUUGCCUGUGACAGUCGUUGCUCGAGCUGAUGCCCAACAUAGGUGCGCGAUGGUGGCAUCAGUGGGAGCGCACACACAUUGGCAUGUGCUUGGCAUUCGCUCUCUCUGUCACACACAGAUCUGAUCCGAGCUGCGCUGCCGCUGAGGGCGUGGGCCGACCAGAAGGUGCCGCUGCUGGUGUACCUCCAGUAAGUGGCACGUGAGUCGACAGUAGAUAGUUGAUUGGCUUGUGUCUUAUCCAAGGCACACGAUGUUCGAGACGUGGCGAUGUGAGCCAGGGGCGACGGCUCUCGGCCGUGGUGUCAAGGUGUGCGGGUAAGACUGACGAAAGGGCUCAUGGCGUGGGAUGAGUCGUGUGUUUGUGUGCAGGAAGCAUGUCUUCGACACGUUCGGUGGCGGCGAUUUUCAGGUCACAGCUCACACACACAUUCACUCAUGGCCACAGACAUUUGCCGCGUCGUGCAGAUGGAUUACGAGGGCAUUCAUGUCCAGAAGGCAAGAAGGAAAGAAAAAGAAAGACAGACAGACAGACAGACAGAGACACAGUGCACUGCGAGUGCACGUGAGUUACUCAGAGACACACAGAGACGGGCACAGUAACGCACCUUUUCCGUCUCAAUUAAUUUUUACAUGGAAUCCCUCUUCAGGCACACCUGCAGGUCGACAUCUUACACUCUCAUCUAUGGCCAUCCAUCCAUCGAUUUAUCCAUCUGCAAACCAACCACACGCGACGUUUCCUUGUUUCUUGUUCCAGGAGGCAGACACCAACGCAUACGUCAACAGCAUCAUCAACCUGAUCAAAGUCGCAAACAACAAGUUCGAGGGCCUCAACCAGGUAAAGAAAGGAAGCUGAUCAGGUAGAGUGACACCAUCAAUAUCACACUUCAAUCCCCCUCCCUGUGUGGGUACGGAUGUACAUGUAUUAGGUCUACAAUGAAAGCGUCUCACCGCUUUCGGCCGAAACCCUCCAGCGUUUUGCCGGUACUGCACAGACAUCGUCUUGUAGCCAUGGUGCACCUGUCGGUCUGUCUGUCUGUCUGUCUGUCAGGGAUGGCAUGGCUUGUUCGAAGCAGCAGUGAGCAGCCCACACUCGACUUCGCUGCUCUGGCUGGUGGCGACGUCCGCAUUCGGACACUCCUCCAGAGCUUCGCACGAGUACCAAACACGCGAUGUUUCCUUUUCUCCGUACACACACAAAGUCAGUGUGGUUUGUGUGCGUGUGUGUGUGUGUGUGUGUGCUGUCGGACUCAGCUGUGUGACGCGCGGACAAGAGACCUGUACUUCGGCAUACUCAUCGCUAAGAUUUCGGUAUCCUUGAUCCACAUCCAAACCACUGCAUGGACAUGUGUGUCGUCUGCUUUACAGGAGGCUCGGUUCGGGGAGAGCGGCAGGAAGAUCUUCACAGAAAGUCCUGUCCACCCAAGAUCCAAACGGAAUCUUGGGAAUGAGGACGACUGCCCGACUCUCACAGCUCUUGCAGAAUUUGUGUAAGUGGCUGCGACGUGAUACGUGACGCGUGAGCUGUUGUGUCGUGCUGUGACAGGAAUGAGGCCCAGCAGCACGUCAGCAAGGACCUCUUUGGCGUGAGUGGCGAGCAGCAUUCGACCCAUGCUAUGAGAAGUAAGUCGUCAAGAACUCUCGACCAAGCUGAGCACACACAGCACACACAGCACACAAUGGUCAUAUGCGGGCGGCUUUUGUGUCUCUUGCCCAUACCCUGAACAAAAGUGCGUUUGAUGAGGUGAGCGGAGCACACGACCAUCCAUAUGCACGUCCUUGGAUGAUGCACGUUGUCUUCUCCUCCUUCUAGGAUUCGCGACAAGAUGUUCACGUUCAGUCGCAUUCCCAUACUUAGGUUUGCGCCCAUCGGGGCGGACGCGCCGGGCAUCAGAACUGGCGUGGACGCGCUGGAUGCGUUGAAGCAACUAGUCAGACACGACAAGCUUUUCCGCGGGUACAACUUUACAAGGGAGACGAGAACAAACAAAGAGAUGACACCCAUCCGCACGAACAUCGUACCGUACUAUCUGCUGCACUUUGCCUUGCAGGAUUCUGAAGUUGGUGUUCGACAGCUCGGCUGAGUCGUAUCCGCCCUCGAGAGACGUCGACGGUGACCAUUCACACUUUCAGGCUGCUCGUUUGCCUUUCACGUCUGUCUGCCUGUCUGCCUGCCUGUCUGUCUGUCUGUCUGUCUAGCUGAGAAGCGGCGAAACGGCGCAACGGCGAAUCAGAAGCCGGUGAGAGGGGUGGAUUGCCAUGGCAUCUCCUUGUUUCUUCGUUUGAUUGUGAUGGUACUCUGCAGUUUCCGAUGUAUCGCUUUUCCGAGGAUGGACUCCUCAUGUGCCUGAAGCGCAUGCUGGGGCUGAGUGAGGAUUUGUCCUUCCGCUUUCGGUUCCUAGGUGAGUGGGUCCGAGGGGAGCUUAACCACACACAAGCCCCGUCCUUUCAAUUCUCUAUCGUGGCAGACUCGGACAGCUGCAUGGAGUACUGGAAGAUCCUCCAGCAGCAGGUAGCAAAUGAAUGCAUCGCGUGUGUCUCAAUUUGGAGAAUGUGUGGAUUGCCUGCAUGUUGUGCCAUCAGGACGACAAGCGCCCAUUCAUGUGAGUGGCCAGUGCCCACACGUGAGCCUGUAGCACCGUGGCAUGUCUCCCAUCGUCAGGUUCGGCCCCAUUCCGGGUUUCAUCCGCGACAUGACAGAGGUAAGCAGCCAGACAAAGGUCACAACAUCGGGGACAAACACCUGUUGACUACAUUCGUCAAUUUCUUGCAGCCGGAGCUGUUGAAGUGCAACGAAAAUGGCGUCGUAAGCCUCCCGCAGCGAGAGAGAGCGCUGCAUCAAGAGACUUCAACUCAGUCCUCACUGAUUUUGAUCCCUCAGGUCCAGUGGGACAAACCGGCCCCCAAAAACCGAGGCGGGAGAUCAGGUAACGCUCUCGAGACUGUGUCCGACACUGCACACGGGGCUCACUUUAUGCUGUCUUGACGGGCAUGCAGAUGCGAGGGCUGCGGCCGCUGGCAAGAAACGAGCACGCAGCCAAGGUAAGGUGGCGGGCGGGGCGUCCACUGCAGCCUUUCCCUGGUGGUGGCGUUGCCGUUCAGCCCACUCCUCGACAGGGGAGCGAGAGCGAGAGGUCCGACAGCGGAGCGAGAGCGAGAGGCGGUAUGAAAGGCGGAAGCAAGGCGGGGAUUUGCCUUACGAGGUGACAUUUCUCUUCGCCAAACAGGUCAGUACUGAUGCCUACCACGCGCCGUUGACCAGUCGUGAGUGAGGCAUGUGUUGCACCUUCACAGAUGGCAAGUGCAGAGCGAGUGCUGUAUCGCGCCGAGAGUUCGCGCCUCACUGCCGGUAGAGAGAAAGGACAGAGGAGGGAGGUGUGUCGCGUGUCGAUGAUGGGUUUUUUCGCUGUCCGUGUACUUCGUUUCAGAGAGGAUGGGCUUCCUUCUCAGCUACGAGCCGCUUACCGUAAAAAGGGAAAGGGAGGGGUAUCACCGUGCCCACGACAAGCCUCACGCGCCUUGCGUGUGUGCGUCUAUGUACGGCAUCAUCAGGUGCACAAGGGCGCUUGGCGCGGGCACCAGGUGGGUGACGAAUGCGAGAGAAGACGCGCCGUCUCAGUCUCACAUGCCUGUGUGCUUGUUUUGUUUUUAUGCUUAUGCAGUAUGUCGUCAAACGGAAGAAUGCCGGAAGCGGACGGCAGCAGAUCGUGCACUCUGAGGCGAUCACGACGCCUGCUGAGGUGAGCUUGGGCGUUGUGAAGGACAGCAAGAGUCUUUGACCACUUUGACCAGCUACGCUCGCUUCGCUCGCUACGCUCGCUACGCUGUCAGGUGAAGGAGCUGCCGGAGAGUCAUUUUGACGACAAGGCGCUCCUGCUACUGGAGACGUAAGAUGCGCAACAAUGUGGAGGCCUCGCGUAUGCACUUUCUUUGUCUGCACAGGUCAUGCCAGACGGCUCUCAACGCAUGUCUGCGAGUUGUGGGCAUUGGCCCGGUUAGUGUUGUCGACACCGAUGCGGCCGCCCCAGCUGCUGCUGCUGCUGGUGGUGCUGGUGAGGGUGCUGCUGGUGCAGGUGCUGCAGGUGCUGCAGACGAUGUAGACAUGGUGCCAGUCGUAGAGGCGGCCGCAGAGAAUGGAUCGGAGCAGCAGGAUCAUGGUGCGUGCAAGAAUGGCACUGUGACGAUUAAUGUGCAUUGCUGCUCUCAUUGUUGCUCUGUAGUCCCAGAGGGCGAGGGCGGCGGACAGGCAAUGAGAGACUAG